UGCAUCAUGAAUGAAUCUGCGUCAAGUGGAAAUGGUCAAGAUUUUGAUGUAUUUAGUGCUAUGGACUGGAAGGAUGGCAUAGGUACUUUACCAGGAAGUGACCUAAAGUUUAGAGUGAAUGAAUUUGGGGCCCUGGAAGUGAUUACAGAUGAAACUGAGAUAGAAAGUGUUAAAAAGGCAACUGCUACCACAACCUGGAUGGUUCCAACCGCUCAAGAAGCCUUUUCAGAAAAGUCAGGGAUCCCCACAAGGUUGAAGGAAACUGCGAAAAUGGAUGGACUUGUUUUCUGUGAAAACUGUUACCGCUGUGGUACCAUAGAAGAAUUUGUUCCUGAAGGGAAAUUUUGCAGCCAGAAGUGUGCCCAGCAAGUAAAAAACAAAGAACCAAAGGAGGAAAAUCUCAGUGUCGAAUGCAAUGGGGAAGACGAUUCCAAAGGCAUUCGGAAAAGAAAAGCAAAGUUACUUCUCAAAGAAGAGCCCAGGGAUAAUGGAGAGAAGAAGGAGAAUCCUGAUGAAACUGACGACAAACCUGAAGGAAGGAUCUUGAGAGUCUCACAGAGAGCCAGGAGAAAAAGAAAAGGGGAAAUAACAGUUUUGAAACAAACUGUACCCUCUAAAGGAAGGCAAAUGUGGUGUUGGGCAUCCUAUCUGGAGGAAGAAAAGGCUAUUGCAGUACCUACUAAGCUUUUUAAAGAGUAUCAGUCUUUCCCAUACAACAAAAAUGGCUUCAAAGUAGGGAUGAAACUGGAGGGUGUGGAUCCCGAGCACCAGUCGAUAUACUGUGUUCUCACGGUGGCUGAGGUUUGUGGCUACAGAGUACGACUCCAUUUUGAUGGAUACCCUGAUUGUUACGAUUUCUGGGUGAACGCUGAUUCUUCAGACAUCCAUCCUGUUGGAUGGUGUGAGAAAACAGGUCACAAGCUUCAUCCACCUAAAGGAUAUAAGGAAGAAGAAUUCAGCUGGCCCUCAUACCUAAAGGUUUGCAAGGCUCAAGCUGCUCCUAAAUCACUGUUUGAAAACCAGAAUGCAACAGUGAUUCCAUCGGGAUUUCGAGUGGGAAUGAAGCUGGAAGCCGUAGACAAGAAGAACCCGACUUUCAUUUGUGUUGCUACGGUAACAGACAUGGUGGACAAUCGUUUUUUGGUUCAUUUUGACAACUGGGAUGAGAGUUACGACUACUGGUAUGAUGUUUUUGUUUUGUAUCCUG